UGGGCUUGAGGACGAGGUGGACUGCCUAAAAGAGGAGCUGGAGAUUUCGCGAGCGAAAGUCCAAGAGCUCGCAGACAAAUUAGACGUAGCCUCGGCAAAAGCCAGCCGGCUUAAAGCAAAAUAUGCGGAUGCAAAACAAUUGCUUGACCUCGAGAAAAUGGCAAAAAAUUUGAAAAAGGCGACACAAGAGCUGACAGGGGCUAUGUCUGUGGCAUCUUCAGCACCUGCGACCCUGCCUGUCUGCAAGUUGGACAUAGGAGACGGGGUGCUGGUGGAGAAGCAACUUGUUGACAGGAUCAGCCUCAGCGCAAAGCACCAGCCAUCGAAAUUCGCACGGGCGCUCCUUCGUGUAGUGUUUAGCCCGGAGGAGCUGGAAAAUAGCUCCCUCUAUGGCAAGGUUUGCCGGGCUAACAAAGACGCGGCACCAAAAAAGGCUUUAGACCAGAAGAGGGUUGAGGCCGUUGUGUCCUACACGUGCUCCCUCUAUAACGUCGGAGUAAAGGAGGUGAAGGGGAGCCUGUCUGCAAUGCUGGCUCGUGGACAAGUGCACUAGGAUCUCUUUAACUUCAUGAAGCGAUCAACAGGUGUAGCUAGAACAAGGGAUGCCGGCAAAAUUAAUGUUUUGACUCGUGGACUUGUAUUUGUGAGGAAGACAAGUGCACUUUCUACUAGUCCACUGGUUGAAACGUUGGCUUUACCGCCAUUUCUUGUUCUAUGAUCUUUAAUCGCUCCAUUCUUCCUGUAAACCUUAGGUCAGCGGUAUGGGUUCUGCUGAAAUUGUUUUAUUGUUCUGAUAAUUUUAUUCUUAUUUAUAUGCUCAGCAUUUCUGCUAGUCAUUUUUAUUCCUUGUAACCUUAGCAGUUCUAGUCAUUUGUUUGCUCAGACUUAUUUCUCACCUAACAUAUUUGCUGUAUUUACAAGAAGCAUAUCAUUUCUUUGCCAUGCAAGUGCUGAAUCAAUAAUUAGUCGUGGGUGAAUAUUCCAAUAUUUAACAUACUGUAUUUGAAAGUGAGCUAUUAGGUAUUUUUGUAACAUGCAGGCCCUUUCAAUGUGUUUUAGGCACACAGGUCCUUCAACAGCUUCCCCCCCGCCCCCCACAACUAGUCAUACAGCAGUCGUUCUUUCUUGCUUGUUUGCAACCAGUCUCUAAUGAUGUUGAGAGGCUGUUCGGCCAGUUUUAAGGACAGUUAGUGAUGUCCUUAACACAAUUUUGUUUCUGCUGUUAGCUGUCUUGCACCAAUCAGUGCAGGCAUGGUAUCUUAAUAUACGAAAAUAAUUUUUCUGCUAUAAAUACAUGUGCUUGUGUCAGAAAAAAAUUGAUAUUUGCCCAUCUCUAGUAUACACAUUGCGGGCAAUCUUUAUAGUUCUCUAAGACAUUGCAUACGUCACGGUACCCUGCUAAUACUAAUGCAUAUGUGUAUAGAGGUCCUGCUAUGACAGAAACUGCUGUAUUAUUUUAUGCCAAAGACUGGAGGAAGGGAAAGAAAUUAGCAUUUCAUUAACCAUUUUGCUUCACAUUUAACAUGUCUGUUGGAUCUGCAUAAUCUUUUUUCACGUUCUUUUUUGUCUUGGUGUUGCAACUGAUCUGGCAACUCGUGUUUUGUUGUACAAACUAUGGCCUUUGUUUCUUUUAUAUGUUGAUGUUCAUUUAAUCUUCGUUUAGUUCAUCUAGCCUUCUGUGUGUUGUUUCGUUAUUGUGGCAGUGUACUGUCCUAAAGAAGCAUUUGGUAUAUUUUUUGUUGUCUUUGUAACAUGUGUAAUUAUCGGGUGGGCUUUUAUUAUUCAUUCUAGUCCGUAUUCAUUUUGAAUUUAUGCAGUUAUGACUGCCCCUUCUGUGGCAACUGAAUAUUCACAUAAUUAACCCCAUGGAGGAUAAAAUAUGGUCUCUGAUAUGCUGUUUGAUACUUCAAUAUUCUGAUUUAGACGAGAGAUACUUAAUGUAAAGCCUAUAGUAUUGUAUAUGCACGUAAAUUUAUGCGACCACAAAUAUGGCGCGGAGGGGGGAUCACCAAGUGAUGUGCCGCUGUAAACUGCAAGCGACGCAUAGGAGUGGAUGGUCGAAGGGUGAUUUAGUCAUUGUUACUGUGAACUGUGUGGCAUUGCAAAAUACAGUGGAACUAUGAGUGCAUUCUCAGUUUGCUUGUCAUUCCCGAUAUCUUUGUCGCUGAUGGUGACAACAGCGUCGUCAUCCACGCAACCAAGUUUAUUAAAUACAGGCAGCACUUAAGGUUCAUGCCCGUGACAGUUUAACACUGCUCAUAUGCAGUAGCGAUGUGUAGUGUAUGGUUGUUUAUACCAGAGCAGUUCGAAGAGCCAGAAAAAAAAAAAGCUACAUUAUGUUUGUCAUGCUUCUACUUCUACCUGUUGCAGCAGUAGAAGCAGGUUCUCCUAAUUAUAGUGUGCAUGAAUUGCCUGCUGCAUUUGCUAUAAAACGUUUUUAAACAUUCCCUCUCACCACUG